GGUGACCUUCGAGGACGUCGCGGUGCGCUUCAGCGAGCAGGAGUGGGCGAGCCUGGACGACUGGCAGAAGGAGCUGUACGGGAGCGUGAUGCAGGGGAACUACGAGAUGCUGGUUGCCCUGUACUGUGCCCUAUGCAAGCCUGACCUCUUAUGUCGGAUUGAAAACGGGGAAGAGCCAUGCGUGCCAGCGCAGUCAGACUUGGAGAGAGUAGACGUGCCUGUGGAUCCACCCACAGAGCUGGACUGUCCUAGCAGCGUAAGCAAUGAUGCUCUGCUGCGGGUGGAAACGGAGAAAGAGUCUUGUGAGGGGAAUUGCGGAGACUUGGAGGAAAACAGGAGCCCAGGAGACCCACCAGACUGUUGUGCAUCACACACCCCUCAUGGAGUCCUUCCUGUUGCAGUGGAUGUCAGUCAACCAACCCCUUCCCCUUCCCAACCUCUCUCCGUGUGCUCGCAUGAAGUGGUGAAUCCGAACCAGUCUCCAUCUCCUCCCCCUGCAGCAGCAGAUGCUGUGGUGGGGAUUGCAGCAGCGAUACAGCAAGUGGAGGUUGCUGCAGAAAAGCUGCCAACGCCUGAAAUGCCGUUGAAGAGGCUGGAAGAGGAGGACGUGAAAGAUUCAGGGAAAGGUGGCCAGGAUCCAGUGGAAGAUGUUCCUGAAGAUCCGGGUAAGGAGGACGUAGCAGGUCUUUGCAAAGCAACGGCACAUGCAGAUCCAAGCCGCUCAGUUACUUCCCUGGGGAACCUGGUGGAAAGCUCCUGCGUGGGCAGGACUGCAGCCUGCCAGCGAAGCUCCACUCGGGAGAAAUUCUAUACGUGCCAUGCGUGUGGGAAGAACUUUCUGCUGAAGAUAAAUCUCAUCAUCCACCAGAGGAGCCAUGCCAGCUGGGUGCCAUACAUCUGCGCGCACUGUGGCAGGAGCUUCAAAUCCAAGAAAAAAAUCCAACGUCAUCUGCAUAUCUGGGCAACCAAGGGGUCCUGCCUGCCCUCUGAUGCCGAGGAAUGCUCCGGCUUGGCACAGUGCCCUGCCGCACAGUCCGUUGCCCAAAACAAGGGCACCGUUGCCGAGUGGGAGAAGUCCGGCCCCAAUAGGUACCCGCUGCCUCCUGGGAAAAUGAUAUAUACGUGUAGUGAGUGCAUGGAGAACUUCUCCAGCCAGAGCUUUCUGAUCCUCCACCAGAGGAUGCACACAGACCAUCACCUCAUCCUGUGUCCCUGCUGCGACAGGAGCUUUGCCUGGGCCUCUGAUUUUGUCCGCCACCACCGAAUCCACACGGGUGAGAGGCCGUAUCAGUGCACUGAGUGCCAGAAAGCCUUCAAGCGGCACCACCACCUGGUUGUCCACCGGAAGAUCCACGCAAGGAGGGAAAGGCCAUACUAGUGCAGUGAGCGUGAGAAGAGUUAGCUCUGUCAGCAGCACCUGUUUGAGCACAAACGCUGUCUGCCAGCGGCUCUUUUCUCUGGGAGCUCUGGAGGGGAAGAGACACCUACGUUUUAUUUUCCUCGUCUGGCUUUCUGCGGGCAUCGUGGGAGCGGUGGGGAUUUCUCGUGUGGGAGGCGAACGACGUGGGGAAGCGCUAAGAAGCGUCUUCUGGGGUUUCAGGUCCCAGCAGCUUGUGAGGACGAAGCGAUCAGUUUGCCUGAGCAGGAGUGGGGGAGCUUGGACAACCGGCAGAAGGAGCUCUUCAAGGUUGCGAUGAAGGGGAGUUACGAGGCUGUGGUCUCUCUUGGACCGGGUGACACCAGCUCCAAACCCACUCUGCCGUCGUCAGGUGAAGACGAGGAGGAGUCGGGUCCCAGGACUCAGGGGCUGCUGGAGAAGGGAGCCGUCCCUGGGCACCUCGGCUCUGCAGGUGAGAAGAUCGUGAUCAAGACAGAGGAGCAGCAGCCACCGGAGGAAAGACCUGAAAUCCUGGCUCUGCCACGAACGUCCUCAGUAAGACUGGAAGAGGAGGCUCCCCUGAGCCAAGAGCAGUCAGUGCCUUGGGAGAGUCACUCUGGCUCGGAUGAGCGGAAGGGAACAGGAGACGGCCUAGGGGAGCUCUGCAAACAUCACGCUGCCCAGCCUGAAUUCAAGCCCCUGCUUGUCCCGGCGGAAGCUCGCCCUGCUCCAGCCUUGGCUUUCCCAGCAGAGCAUGCGCACAGUGUUGGGACUGAGCAGCAGUUCGCCUUGCCCCAGGGAAUCCAGCUGGGAGAGGAAACCAACACAGAAGCUGCCUUGGCACAGCCCAGCUUGGAAGAGGAUCGGCCGUGUGCCGCGGGGGAAGAGCCCCGCAUGUUCCCGCUGGGCUGGAAGAGCAUCCGGCUGAAGCGGAACCUCCUGGUGCGCCAGCAGAGCCACACGAGGAAGAACAACGGGUCGUUCAUCUGCGCCGCCUGCGGGAAGAGCCUGGCCAACCACGCCGCGCUGCUGCGGCACCAGCGCCUGCACACGGGCGAGCGCCCGGGCUUCAUCCAGAAACACCCCCCCCAGAAGCACCAGCGCAUCCACGGGGUGCAGCUGCGGGGCGGGUGGACAGGCCGGCCUGCACGGGCCAGCGCGGCCGGGGAGAGGCUCUACCGCUGCAUCGAGUGUGCAGAGAGCUUCCCCCAGCAGGCAUCCUUGGAGGAGCACCAGCGCCGGCACACGCAGCAGCGGCCCUUCCAGUGCACCGGCUGCAGCAAGAGUUUCCGGCACCGGCAGUCUCUGAACCACCACCAGAAGGUCCACGCAGUUGCCAGCUUUCCUGGGACCAGCUUGCUGAACCACCACCAGGAGCUGGAGACCAGCCCCUGCAAGGGCUUGACCCAGGACAAUCCGUAGCACAAGGGCUGGAGAAGGGAAGGAGCAGCGAGAUUGCAGGCUGCUCCGCAGAAAUGCAGCGGUUUGUGGUGUCAGGACGCACCACAUGCAAACGCAGCUGGUGCUGCGAAGCCGCAGAGCUCACCGCAGCACUGCCUGGCUCUCCCUGGACGCUGCCUUGCAAGACAAGGACGGAGGGUAUCCAACGUGCUGCCCAGGGAGAGAAACGCGCGGCAGACUGGCCCAAGACAAAGCAGAGGAGGUUUGGCAACAGGGGCCAAGUCAUGUUGUGCUGCUGCCUUAUGAAAGGGGGAUUCAGCUGAAGAGCAGCUGCUGCGUGUUCAGUACGGUGGCGUGGGGAGUGGUGCAGCUGAACUCAGGGUUACCCAACUACGACCAGCUAUGAGAGCGUCUGGGGGUGUUCAGCGGCCCUAGGAAAAGCUGUUGUUGUGGGCAACAGCUGGGUCCGUCAGACAAACGGGGAAGAAGUUUGGAUAAAAGUUUGAGGUGA